UCUGCACCUGAGGCACGCCGUCUGCGAGGCGAGUCGAGCGGAGCCGGGACGCAGCGCUUGUGCCGGCGAUCCGCGGAGUCGGCGCCGACGGGCAGCUGAGCACUCUUGCUCGCCACUCCACUCAGCCAGCGCUCCGACGCAGCGGCAUGAGAUGGGGGAACGCAGCACCACACACCAGGCGUGCUCAGCAGACGACGACGACGAGGCUCAAGGACGCCCUUGGGCAGCGCGGCGGCAGCCAAGAGGCGCCAGCAGCAGGCUGCUCACGUCACGGCGUUCUCGGCGGCAACCCCAGGCGGCACAUCUGCGAUUGCGUGCCGGCACCCGGACCCCGAUGCCGACGCUGCUCUUGCCUCUCGAGCACUUGCGACGGCGAGCAGAGCAGCGAUCUGUGAGCGCGUGGGCGUCGGGCGUGCGCUGUGCUGCACUGGCAGACGGCAAGGCGCUGCCUGCUGCCGAGUUGUGCCUGCGCCAGCGCGCGAUCCCGACCGCUCGCUUGCUAGCUUGCUGCGGCUGCCCGCUGCUGCAGGGAGAGAGCGCCCAUGAGGGCGCGCGUGUCGAUCGCAGGGCCGCGCCUAAUCGACCUGCCCGUUCGAGAGCUCAAAUACGAACUGCCGCCGCUGCCGCUGCCUCGGUUCAUUCGAGUGCUCCGGGAAGGGCAGGAGAUGUGCUGCACGCCGAGGCGGCCCGCAUGGUGCUUCCUCGGCCCGCCUUCUCGUGAGCCACCUGCCCUGCAGCGUCGUCACUCGGGGAGCGAGCAUGGCGAUGAGCGAGCGGCGCUCGGCUCGCGGCGAGCUCGAGCCUCCUUCCGGGCGCCGCGCGCCGCGCCGUCAUGGGCCAUUCAAGGCCAGCGCAGAGCGGCAGGGGUG